GCGCAGACCACUAAACGCGACCGACUUCACGGUAAACAGAUUCCUAAUAUUCCCAAUAUUCCCAAUAACUUUGCCCAAACAAACACUAGUACAUUUUCUCGUGUCAUCACAGGAAUCUAAUAGAACAAUGUAACCACUUUUUGACGGAACCGUAUAGGGACUAAAUCUUCCGUUAUCUGUUGUGUUGAUAUUCGGAGUACGUACUCUAGUAACUGAACCCUUCUAUGCAACCAGUGCUUGAGGCAUCAAACAGUUUAAGGACAUCAAACUACUUGGUAUCAUAGCUUGGCCAACAUGCCCGACCUUAAUUCAGUCCCACCUUCUCCCCACGUCCUUGCGGCUUCUCGAAAUUCCUCUUCCAAUCAUAAUGGGCAAUCACAUAUCCCGGCACCUCCAGCUCCCAUGUCCCCUUCUCUAAACAUUUUACCUUCGAAUCAACAGACUGUCAACCGGACAUCCUCAAUUUCUCUCCCGUCACCACCGCUACCGGGAACUCAUACCAUGUCUGCUCCGCAUUCCGCUCCCGGACGAGACGACACUGGUGUCGGUGCUGGUCCUGGUCCUUUGCGACACCCGCGACCUUUAACGGCUGCUGAGCUGCAUUCACAGCUAGAACAGGAGCAAGAACUUUUAGUAAACCGUUUGAGCCGCGAUUUGAUCAUGCUGCGCGCUGCACAGAACUCGUCUGUAGCCUCAAAUGCUUCGUCUACAAGCGCGUCGACCUCUGCCGAUCAGACCCACCCCUCUUCCUUCACCGAUACUCACCUCCUAUCCGGUCCGGGAUUCCCUCUCCCAACGACAAGCGCAGACCGUCGACAUCAUCGGACCAACUCAAGUGCUAGUACACGCAGUCUAAACCAGUCUGCUACUACCCAAGGCUCGAUGCCUGCCCCGAUACCAAUCCCGCAACCUCACUCCGGGAGCGCUGCUUCGGUAUUAGAAGCGGCACGAAACCCUCGAGCGGCACCGGGAAUGAGUAGACAGAACAGCACUGCUUCUCAGAGAAGCCAAAGCCGAAACCACUCACCCCACCCGUAUCAUGUUAGCACUAGUCUGGGUUCUUCAUAUACCCAGUCAUAUGGCGUCCCAUAUGAUUAUGGAUCCGGUUACUUCCCUCGGGGCUACACGUCUUCUAACACGAGCGUGCCAGCUACUCCCGGCUCGGAGCUCUCGCCGGGACUCUUGCCGGCCACCCUACGCUACGAGGAGACAGCUCACUAUCGACAGGAGUUAGAGUCGGCUAAGCGUGAGAAUGAGAAUCUCAAAAGGCGAGUUAAGGAGUUAGAACGGGCUCUACGGGAUCGCCGACAGAGCGAUGCCAGUCGCGCUGGCGGCGGAAGGGACCGAAGCGAGAGCGCCAGCACUACAGCCAGCGUCAGCGUUAGCGGCGCGACCGGAAUUGGAGGUGUCAUCGGGGGUGGUACCACCAUAGCUGGAGACCGGCGAGGAGAGCGUAGAGCUAUAGAGCGGGGUAUGAGUAAUUUGAGUAUUUCUGGGAGCAUCGGAGCUGGUGUCCCUGAAGAUGAGGUGAAGGUAGGCGAGAGUGCUGCAAGUGCCGGUUUACCAGUAGCAGGAGAGCAGACUCGGGACGCAAAGUAGGAUGUUUAUUUAAACAUCAGUCCCUAGGCGGGUAGAGUGCAAUUUGUGCAAUAUUACCGAAAAGAAUUAUGAUUAAUAGGGUACGUUAUAAGGAGAGUAGGUGGACUAGCUGAUGUGUGAAUGACUGAAUGAAGUCCAAUUUGUUAUUGUCUUUCAAUAUUGUCUUAACUAAUCUUUUCCCCUGUUGAUUUAGACAAUUGCACUAACUGAACGGGCUCUACCCGAAUGUCUCGGUUGUCGGGCUAGCUGCAUUUACUUACUAUGGUAUGCUGUAAAGGUGUCUAAGACAUGCUAAAC